UUAACAGUUACUUUUACCGUUACUUUCUAUAUUUAGCUUUGGAGGGAAAAACGCCAUCUCCUAGAAUCAUAAACCAAUCACAGAGCCGUAUUUGGCAUGAAAACGAACUUUAAUAACUUUAAUGAACACCGGCUUUGAUGCCGCGCGCGGUGCGCGCUCGCUACUGCGCUUUUGUUAUAACCCGUGGCUGACUUUUCUUCAUUGUAUAUGUUCUGUGCUUUUCUUUCAGUUUUCGUGCUAAAAGAAGUCCUAAAAGUGUUUGUGAAGGUGUGUUACGUGACUUAUGUAUCGUUUGUGUUACAUCGUGCCGUCUUUUCUUAUCGGGACCCACUAUCCCGUAAAAAGUUUUGCUAAAUAGCGUGAUUCAAGGAAAGUGGUUAUUUGAGGUUAUUGACGUAUCCGAUGUGCGUGCUAGACUUUUCAUUGAGCGGGAAGACGGGCGCUUGUAAGUUUUCGGAUUGAGGCGGCUUCUUCGAGUCGCUUUGCGGCCUCGUGGCACGAAACGCUUUCUACGACGUGCGAUAAUCGAGCUCACCGGAUCCGAUCGCUCGCCACCUGGCUUUCGACGAUUAAAAGAAGAGAUCGGCGUUUCCCCAGGGAUCGUUGUACGGACUUAUGCUUGACGAGCGAGAGGAUCAUUGAAACUGUUUCAUUGGCAAACGAUGUUAUCGAGCACUUUGAACGGAAAUACGAAUGCAGGCUGCAAGGAACGGCUUUAAGAACGGAUUAUUUCGAGCGUUGAGAGCCGCCGUUGAGCUUAUCUUCUCUCUCCCUCUCUCCUACUUGAAUAUUAAUAUCCGGCGCAGCUUUUUUGUAUCUGUUUCCGGUUUCGUGUUGCGCGUGGUGAGAGAAGCAUUUCUCCUCCAUCGGAAUCACUCCGAGUCAGGACAAUCAACGCUUAAAAGUCUGAGAACAAUGGCUGACACUGAAGAAGCAGAACAAGCUCAAGCGAGUACGUCUCAAUCCGCGAGUGAAACAGAUUAUGAAACACCAUGGCCGGCAUAUUCCGAAAUUUUUAAAUUCGAACCGAAGCUGAGCAGUGAAAAAAAUUUUUCAUUUUUGUGCAAAUUAUGCUUAACCAAAAAAAUUAUUCAUGCAAAUAAAACCUCUACAUCCAACUUGAGGAAACACACAAGAAUUUCCAAGAAAUUUAAACAAUUCUACCCUAUGUUCUACAUUGAAUCAAAUGUGCAACAUAGAAUAGUAAAACAUCCACGUUACUUGAAAAAAAUAGAUGAAGCCAAAUCUAAACUUGCAAAUAACAAACGUCAAAAAGAAAAUGAAGAUAUUUCCAAUAAUAGUGUUACAAAAAGACAAUGUGUAUUACAAAAAUGGGAUUCUGGAAUAUCUGGAAUUACUAAAAAAAAAUUAGAUGGUGCUAUAUUGCGAUUUGUUAUUGAAAAUAUUCAGCCCCUCGCAGUUGUAGAGAGUCCUGCUUUUAUUGAUUUAGUUAAAAUUGGAUUGCCUUCAUCAUUUCGAAUAAUGUGCAGAAAAACUUUAAGAGAAAAACUUAGUCAAUUAUAUUUGGACAUAAAAACUGCUCUUAAAAAUGAAUUGACCAAAGUAGAAACUAUCUCAACUACAGCAGACUUAUGGAGUAAAGCAAAGAGAAGUUAUUUAGGAAUAACAGUGCAUUGGAUUAAUCCAAUAACUUUAAAAAGGGAAUCAGCUGCACUGGCUUGCCGUCGAAUGAAAGGACGGCAUACAUUUGAUGUUUUGGCAAAAGAAAUUAAUUCCGUGUUCUUGGAAUAUUAUAUACAGAAUAAAGUAUGCUGUGUAACAACAGAUAAUGGCUCGAACUUUGUUAAAGCAUUUCGAGAUUUUGCGAGAGAUGAAAAUAUUGAAAAUGAUGACGACGAGACUGUUAACGUGGAAUUCCAUAAUUUGAGUAAUUUAUUAAACACUGAUGAAAUGCAAGAUUUAGACGCAGAAGAUUUCAUUACUCUUCCACCACACCAUAGGUGUGUUAGCCACACACUUAGCCUUGUUGCAGUCAAAGACGCUGAAAAAGCUUUGGAAAGUGCUUUAUAUAAAAAGAAGUAUAGACCAACAUUUGCAAAAUUAAUGAAAUUGUGGAACAAGCAGAAUCAAUCAACUCAAGUAGCUGAUAGAAUUAAAGAUGUUUGUGGCAUUUAUUUGAAAACCCCCGUUGUUACUAGAUGGAAUUCAACUUUUGAUUCUGUAUGUCAAUUGAUGACUCUUUUGAAAGACGGCCCAGAAAAAGUAAAUCAAUGUUUAGAUUUUUGUAACUUGCCAAGACUAACAAACGAUGAAAUAAAAUUUUUAGAUGAGUAUUGUCAGGUAAUGGAACCUUUGGCAAAAGCACUUGACAUUUUACAAGCCGACAUAGGAAUGUAUAUGGGAUAUUUAUUGCCUGUCUUGUAUAGUUUACAAGAAAAACUAGACAAUCUUACGAACACAAAUAAAGUGACACAUUGUAAUCCAUUAAUCACAGCCAUUCAGGAAGGUUUAAAUCAAAGAUUUUGUACAACAUUCGAAAAGAAGGAGUUAAUUAUCGCUAGUUGUCUACACCCUAAAUUUAAAUUAAACUGGUUAAUUGGAGAAAAGAAAAAAGUAGCUGAAAGCUACUUAGAAGAUUUGCUGGGCAUACGCUCAAAUGAAAAUUCUCCAAACUCUGGCAAAAAUGAUGAUUACGAUGAUUUCUUCACUUUUCAUCGGCAAUCAACAUCAACUUCGGAGUCCGGAGAAGAAGAACUGCAACGAUUUCUGAAGUCAAAGAGGACUGAUAUUGAAUCAUUAAACGAUUUCCCGAAAUUAAAAAAACUGUUCAUUAAAUUUAAUACGGCUUUACCAAGCAGUGCAUCAGUUGAAAGGAUGUUUAGUAUCGGUAAUUCUGUCUGUCAACCUUCAAGAGGUCGCCUACAUGAUAAUAUAAUGGAAUAUCAACUUUUGCUAAAAAUAAAUAAAGAAUAUAGAUAAAAUUUAA